UUCAGAAUUAUUGACCGGCGCCCCUCCCUCUCAGUGUUGGCGCGGCCGAUCUGGAUUACGCAAGGUGCGUAGCGCCGGAGCCGUGAGGGCAGAGGGAGUUACGCAUAGUGCGCCGCGACUCCUGGGCUCUGUAGCGGUUAUCAGCAUCAUCCUGCAAAAGCAACCCGGUUUUGCGUGGUUUGUAGCUUCAGUGAGGAGCUUUUACCCGAGAAGAGAAGCAGGGAAAACAAGAAGACUCGCUCUAGCCACAUUCACAGCAGCGUACGAACUGGAGUUAUUUGUAUUUGUUUUCUUCCUCUCUCGUCGGAUACCAACGAGCCUGUUCGUCUUAGAGAACUGCAUGUUAAGUCUGUCUCUUCGUGUUCACUGACAGCAGCUCGGAGGGAUCCCUAUGAAGAUUCGGGUUGGGUUCGAAAGAAUCUGAGUGUGUCUGUGUAGGGAGUAGUCUCGCCAUUCACCACCUCUGCUCCCCCCGCAUACACACCCCAGCUGGAGCCAAGACCCGACAUCUGUAGAAGAGAAGGCGGGCAAGAGGAGUGCCUGGGAUGGCGAUUCAUCCGGCAGUCAAGAAUCUGGACGGGGCGAACAGUCAGCGGCCAGCACCGGUAACAGGGCAUUGACAGGGAGGUACCGCCAUGCCUGGAAUGGUGGUGUUCCGGCGGCGCUGGUCAGUGGGUAGUGAUGAUUUGGUUCUUCCAGCGCUCUUUUUGUUUCUGUUACAUACAGCCUGGUGAGUGCACAUUACUAUUUUUUCUGUUAUGAGCAAUCCUGCUCACCUUACACUAGUGGACCAUGGUCGUGGCUAUCUGGGGAUCCUGAUUAGCUGCAUGAUAUGUGAAGGUGCCAUCAUUUGGCUGAGCAUGAGAGGCAGUAUCUUGUACACAGAGCCACGGGAUUCCAUACAGUAUGUCCUCUACAUUCGUCUUGCCAUCCUACUGGUGGAGCUGAUUUAUGCCAUUGUGGGAAUUGUCUGGUUGGUCAAAUACUACUGGCCUUGUAAUGACAGCACUGCUAAGAACAUUACCCUGGGAAUAGUGGCUUGUAAUUGGCUGGUCAUCUUCAGCCUAUGCUUCACCAUGAUGUGCUCUUUUGAUCCCACGGGCAGAACCUUUGUGAAACUGAAAGCCACCAAGAGAAGACAGCGAAACCUAAGAACUUACAACUUGAGACAUCGUCUGGAAGAAGGCCAGGCCAGCACCUGGACACGAAGGCUGAAAUGGUUCAUGUGUUGCACAAGAACCCAGGAUUCACAGUCAGAUGCAUACAGUGAAAUAGCAAACCUUUUUGCUGAAUUUUUCCGAGAUCUGGACAUUGUUCCCAGUGACAUCAUUGCAGGUCUGGUAUUGCUGCGACAACAACAGAGAUCCAAGCGCAAUGCUGUGCUCGAUGAGGCAAACAAUGACAUCCUAGCUUUUUUGUCUGGAAUGCCAGUGACCCGAAACACAAGAUAUCUUGACUUGAAGAACUCUCAUGAGAUGGGUAUGUACAAGGAAGUCUGCUAUUAUAUGCUUUUUGCUCUGGCAGCCUAUGGAUGGCCCAUGUACCUGAUGAGAAAGCCAGCAUGUGGACUAUGUAGACUGGCUAGUUCCUGUUCGUGCCUCUCUCUGUCUCGGCCACGGUUCACCCCAGGAGUGACAGUUGAAGAAGAUAACUGCUGUGGUUGCAAUGUUAUUGCUAUCAAGCGUUACUUUCUGGAUGAAAAUCUUCCGGGAGUUGACAUUGUUUACACAUCCUGUCAUGAUGCGGUUUAUGAAACUCCAUUUUUUGUCGCAGUGGAUCAUGGGAAGAAAAAGGUAGUCAUUAGCAUUCGAGGGACUUUGUCCCCCAAGGAUGCUUUGACAGAUUUGACUGGGGAUGCUGAGAGGCUACCUGUCGAAGGACAUCAUGGCACCUGGCUUGGACACAAGGGCAUGGUGCUGUCUGCAGAGUACAUUAAAAAGAAGCUUGACCAGGAGAUGAUCCUCUCGCAAGCCUUUGGGAGAGACCUGGUUCGGGGAACAAAGCAUUAUGGACUGAUUGUAGUGGGGCAUUCGCUGGGAGCCGGGACUGCUGCCAUCUUGUCUUUUCUUCUCCGGCCCUUCUAUCCAUCCCUCCAUUGUUAUGCUUAUUCACCACCAGGUGGGCUGCUCAGUGAGGAUGCCAUGGAAUAUUCCAAAGAGUUUGUCACUUCGGUUGUUCUGGGAAAGGACCUGGUGCCUAGGAUUGGUCUGUCACAGUUGGAAGGGUUCCGACGUCAUCUCCUUGAGGUUUUACAAAAAAGCAACAAGCCAAAGUGGCGGAUUAUUAUUGGUGGAACCAAAUGCAUUCCAAAAUCAGAAUUGCCUGAUGAUGACCUUCCAGUUGCUGCUUUCCCAAGCUGCAGACUGUGGACACAUCCGAGUGACUUGACCAUUGCACUGUCAGCCAGCACACCCUUGUACUUGCCGGGCAGGAUUAUCCAUGUUGUUCACAAUCAUCCACCUGAACGCUCAUGCUGUGGUCAGGAAGAUCCCACCUACUCUGCUAUCUGGGGUGACAACAAGACCUUUGAUGAAGUCAUUAUUUCUCCUGCCAUGCUUCAUGAGCAUAUGCCACAUAUUGUUAUGGAAGGCUUGAACAAGGUUUUGGAGAAUUAUAAUAAAGGAAAGACUGCCCUUCUAUCAGCAGCGAAGAUUAUGGUGAGCCCCACUGAAGUGGACCUGAAUCCUGAGACUGUCUUCCAAGAAUACCUCACUGUCCCGCAACCACAGCACCAUCGCAGGAACAGCAGCGUCAAGAGCUGUGCCCGGUCAGAAAUCAGCCUGGAUGGCUACUGUGAGGUUCCAUCAUCAUGUAUCCCCUCACCUUGCCCACGGGAUCCUGUAUCAGUGCUGCUGCGUGGAGCCAGAGAACGGCUUGCAGGGGAGCUCAGAGAGAGACGAGCACCUCUGGCGGUAAUGGAAAGUUUGUCAGACAAUGAGUCCAUAUAUAGCCUAGACUCUCGGCGAUCCUCAGCUGCCUUCAGAGGUUCCCCUUGUCUGGGGCCACUGCCUGAACACAAUGAAGCACCCUGCUUUUACAUUGACCCCACCAUUCCAGAAGAGAAUCCUUCCCUUAGCUCAAGGACUGAGUUGCUUGCAGCAGACAGCCUGUCCAAGCACUCUGCAGACACCCCAAUAGCUGGGCCAGACCAGCAGGGAGUGCUGAGUGCCUGUUAUUCUUUCACUGCCAAUGAAUUUGACUUACAGCAGCAACAGGCCAGUUCAUUGUCAGUUGAACAUGCUGAUGUCGAUGCUGGCAUCGUGCACACACAACGCUUCUAUUCCACACCUGACAGCCAUGAUCACCGUGAGGAGGGCUACAGUCAUUCUCCUGUCUGCCACCAGAGAGCCCACUCAGAAGGAAGCAGCAGCAUUUUGGAAGCCAUAACAGGCCAUCUGCAAGAAUCUGGCCACUUUAGUCAGUCUAAUUCUUCCAUUAGAUCCUCCAUCCCUUCUCUGGUAGCAGCGUCAACCAUUCCUUUAGAUCAGCCCAGUGACAGUAAGCUGCCUAAUGGCCGACUCUCUUCAGAUGGCCCCAAUCCAGCUGUGUUGGAGUUUGCAGAGUUCAUUGACUCUCUUUUCAACUUAGACUCAAAAAGUGGGUCACUUGGAGAUGUGUUUGAUCUCUCUGACAGUGCCGAAGAACUGCCUGAGUCGGGGCGAGGGUCUGACGGAGGAAGUCGGAAGAAGUACAAGCAGGAGUCUCAGGGGACACAUAGCAGGCAGGCCUCACAGUCUUACAGCACACACAGCCAGGAAGAACUUGAUCGACUAAAGGAGAAGGAGAGGCGGUUUUUGGCACGUGCUCAGUUUGAGCCAAAUUUGGUUCCAAAGCCACCACGCACUUUCGCUGGCUCAGCAGACCCCUCUUCUGGCAUCUCUCUGUCCCCCUCUCUCCCACUCAGUUCCUCUGGCGAGCUCAUGGACCUGUCUCCCGGAGAGAUGCCUUCAGAGCCUUUGCGGACUUCCACACCACACUCCCCGCCUGGUUCAGCCUGUCCAAGUCAACAACAUGCCAGUCAGGAAGAGCUCAUAAUCUCAGCUCUCUAGCAGCAUGCCAACAUAGACAAUGUAGCUGAGGGGCAGUGAACCUACAUAAUUACAGAAUCAAAGGUUAAUGAGGCCAUCUGUCCUGAUAUGGUGCAAAAUUAUUUGUACCAGAACAGCAAAAUCUAAAUUAAGUAAUCAAUGAGAAAAGAUUCCCUUUAAAACACAAUCAGCCACUGAUGUUACCCUGUUUACUUCAUCAACAACAAAUAUGGCGAUGAAAUAAAAUAGAAAACAGAUGGCCUUAUGUGGUCUGUAAUAUUAUAUAACCCUGUUUCUCUAAUACCUCCACUUUGUGAGGAAAGGAGUCUCAGUCUUUGAAGCAAAUGACUAAAUUAACACCCCAUAAUGUUUUGCUGUAAGUCCGCUUAUUUCUUUAUUGUCAUUGGCUGCUGGUGAAGCACCAUUUUUAGAUCUUGAUUGACAAAGUUAUUUUUAUAAUGGGAAUCUCUUUUCAUUUUUAACAGAGGGUUGCAUAGAGUGUAGCCUUGUCUAAUCAAAAAUGAUUUAAGCUACACCUUUGCUGCACCAUUACCUGAAAUACUUGAUCUUAGCUGUUACAGAGUGAGUAAGAGUACUAGAAAAAGAUGCAAAUUCUGCCAUUUUCUCUUAUAACUUAAUGUGUGCUUUGGCGCAUAAAACUCUCCAGCACAAGUUGGCAUUCACCCACUGAGCAGUAUGUUUGUAUAUGUUAGUAUAGCAGAGAGGUAGCUUUGCAGCCUCCAACUAUUUGCUGAUGCUUAUUGUCCUUGCAGGAACAACCAUCAUUCAGUGCUCCCAGUUAUUUCCAGGAAUGACUUUCCAAUCCAAAGUUCAUUACCAUCUUCGAUACAAUUGAGCAAGUCUGUGUAAGAGCUACUGUAAAUGCAUGAAUGGUAUAGUAAUGAGUGACUGAAUUUGCACAUUUGAGGGAAUAUCACAAGGACCGAGUGGCACUAAACAAUAGUAGUAUGCAGUGUAGCACCAGACACCGGGUAUGGUGAGGGAUGCUAUGUGACAAAUGUGGAACUAAUUGAAGAAAAUGAUGCUGCAC